GCGAUGCAGCAGCCAAACCCAUGUGGUGCUCUGCAGUUUGCCAUUGCUCUGCUGGCAGCAUCGCUGCAACUUAUCCCUGGGGAGCUGAGCUGCAGGGAUGAGGUCGGUGCCACUCCACUCCAUGUCAUGGCAGAGAAUAAUAGCUGGGGCUCAGCGGGAUGCUGGCUUGGCACAGCAUUACACCACAGUGCCCCAACACCACGGUGGAAGCUCACCUGCCGCAGUGACCCCGGCAGGAGCCCUUUAAGCAUUGGCUACAACCACUUCUCCCACUGCCCACAGAUGCUUGGGCUCCUGCCAGAGAUAGCGGCCGUCCCUCCCUCCCUGCUUCCCGCCCUCCCUCCUCCCUGGGGCUGGGACGAGUGAGCAGGGCUGCAGCAGAGCCACGGUGCAGCCGCUGCACGGAGGGCACGAAGGCAGCAGUGAGGGAGACACCGGGUUGGUCCCAUCGCACCGGGUCAGCUCGGGAGCAGCUGCAGCGGUCGGGGUGAUGGAACUGUCAAGCAGCAAGAAGCGGCGGUGAGCAGGGCGUGCGCGGGGGGCAGCCCCAUGGGGAUUCGGUCACCGGAGGGGCCGGUGGAGCAUGGAGGCUGCCGUCACCCUGCCCAACACCUCCGGUAACGGCAGCCAGGACAGCAGCCCCCCGCACUCGCCGGUGGCCACCGGGCUCAUCCUGCUGGCCGUGCUCAUUGUGCUGCUGGCCACGCUGGUGGGCAACGUGCUGGUGGUGGCAGCCGUGUCCACCAGCCGGGCCCUGCGCGCCCCGCAGAACCUCUUCCUGGUGUCCCUGGCCUCUGCGGACAUCCUGGUUGCCGUCCUCAUCCUGCCCUUCUCGUUGGCCAAGGAGGUGAUGGGCUACUGGUACUUCGGCAGCCUGUGGUGCAGCCUCUACCUGGCGCUGGAUGUGAUGCUGUGCACAGCUUCCAUUUUGCACCUCUGUGCCAUCAGCCUGGACCGCUACUGGGCCGUCACGCGGGCGGCACGGCUCAACCUGCGGCGCAGCCCUGGCCGCGUCAAGGGGAUGAUCGGGGCGGUGUGGGCCGCGGCCACGCUGGUGGCAUUACCGCCUCUGUUCAAGGCCCGGCCGCGGGCACGGCAGUGCGAGCUAAUCGAAGAGACGUGGUACGUGCUGGCCUCCUGCGUCGCCUCCUUCUUCGCCCCGUGCCUCGUCAUGGUCACCGUCUACUGCCGCAUCUACCGCCUCACCACGCGCCGCAGUGCCGCCAUGCUCGCCGCCCGCCGUGGCUCAGCCCCGUGUCCCGGGGAUGACAGGAGGGUGUCAUGGGCCGCAGCACCGAACCGGCGGCACCGCAGCCAGCACCAGAGCGUGUCGCUGUGCCGGCGCCGGUUACUGCGGGUGCGGGAGAGGCGCUUCACCAUCGUGCUGGCCGUGGUGAUGGGGGCCUUCGUGCUCUGCUGGUUCCCCUUCUUCUUCACCUACAGCCUGGAGGCCGUGUGUGGGGAGGGGUGCCGCGUCUCCAAGCCCCUCUUCAGCUUCUUCUUCUGGAUCGGGUACUGCAACAGCAGCCUCAACCCCAUCAUCUACACCGUCUUCAACAGGGACUUCCGUGCCGCGUUCCGCAGACUGCUGGCUGCCCUGGUCCGUCACGGCUCAUAGGGACCCCCGUGAGCAGCUACCCCAGUGCACUGUGACAGAGAUGGGGGAUGGAGGGCUGUGCUGCUGGGUCUGAACUCGAGGUACUUCCAGAAGCGCAGGGUUUUGCAGGGAGAUGAAUUAAAAACAAGGCGGAAUUGCACACCCAGGGCUGGUGUCUGCAUCCCAGGAGCUCUAAGCUCUGCUCCUCUCCCAGGUCACCCCAUCUACCCCCACUGUCUCUUGCAGCCAUGGGUGACUUCUCAGUGGUGAUGCCUCCAUUGAGUGCCAGCAAUCUGUGCCACCCCACCUUGGCUGGAUUUGCUGGUGACCGAGCCAGCUCUCCUGCGUGCACAUGGCCCUGAGUAUCUUCUGGCACAAAGCACAGAGACAGACCCUGCGGCUGCUGCAGGACCAAAGGCCCAGAUGGCAACAUCACGGCCACUGGGCUGAGCUGCCUGUGUCCUGCAGCACCCCAGCACAGCCCAGUGCCUUUGCUGGGGCUCUCCGGGCUGUGCCCCCCCAGGGUAAUCUAUGCCAUGCUGCAGGAGUACCGGGGAUGCCCCAUAACCUGCUUGGGGCUUUAAGAAGAGACAUUGUGUAGGAGAUGUUUCCACAUGGAAACACAGGGCAUGAGGGGCAGGGGGCAACUGUAGGGUGAAGACCGAGGGCAACCACAUCCUCAGCUCCAGGCAGGGCAGGCCAGGCCCGCUGCUCCACACAGACACGCAGGGGUCAGAGGAGGCUCGGCUUCUCCAGCUUCACAGCUCAAAAUAGAAAAACUCAAAACAUUAAACUUUUGCUUGGCUAAAAACAGCCACCGGCGCCUGGGAGCCGGAGCCCGAGGAACGCCGGCCCCGGGCCAGCCCUGGGGUGCAGCAAGGGAUGCGUGGCCCCUGUCAGGGCAUGGCAUGGCCCCACUCCCCAUGGGGAUGCUGUGGGACAGUCCCAGCACUGGCCCUGCUGCGGAAGAAGCUGCCCUAUCGGCACCGCCUGCUUCCCUCCCACAGCCAGCCUUAAGUCU